AUGGGCUGCUGUCUCGGCACCGCCGCCGCCACCAACCACCUUCAGCCGCCGCAACUCAAAGCACAACCUACCGCUGCUUCUCUGCCACCUGCAUUUGAAGAAGAGACGGUAAAAGAAGUUCUUUCAGAAACACCCAUCGUCCCCAAAAACCCAUCGCCUUCAAAAACAGCACCAGUCAACCACCCGGAAAUUCUUCAAUCGGAGGAGGGUAAGAUUGAAAGCGGCGCCGACGGCGGCGUUGAUUUGACCAAAACCCCAACAGGAGAAAUUCAAGAAAAUGAUUCCGAGAUGUAUAGUUACAGCGAGAGUUUCUCUGCUGCAACGACGGCAACGGUGGCGGAUAAGAAAGACGAAAUCGAGAUGGAUGAGGAUGAUGAAGUUACCCAGAAAGUGAAGAACAGGUCUCCGCCGGCCAAGAGGGUACCCAGAAAACGGCCGGCGGUGUCUUCCGGGGAACUUACUGGGAGGAAGGAUAGAGCCAUUAGGCCUUCGGCUAGAAGACAAACGAUUCCUUCGCCGGAGAAAAAAGCUCAGUUGCCGUCAAGGACAACGACGAACGCACAACGCCACCGGAAUGUAGGACCGUCCAAUGAUUCCAGGAGAGAAGUUUCAGGUCGGAGAUCGAGAUCUCCGGCAGUGCGUGGGGAAGCAGGUCAACGUCGUGAAGUACGCGCAAGAAGUCCGGCUGAGAAAUCAAGUGACAUAAUACCGGCGAAGGUCGUAGAAAAUGAAGGAAAAGGUAUGGUGGAGGAAGGUGGCGCGUCGCCGGAGCCACAGACAAGUGAGUCGCUGGAAAACCCUCUUGUUUCCUUAGAGUGCUUCAUUUUCCUAUAGCACUGUUGGAGGACGUUUACGUCGUCGUUUCAUGGCUGGAUG